AUCCGGUGUGUUAAGUAAGGGUGUUCCAUGACUGGAAUUGAGAACCACUGACUUGGAAUGGAAUUCUUUCUUUAGAUAAAACUUGCCAUUCACCAACCCUGAUCAAAGCCGCCUACCUCAGAUUUUUCUAAUGAUCCCAAAGACAUUGACUGGCACUGAUUAACAUGCUCGGGUGUGUUUGACUAGGGUUGGAGCUAAACUCUGCAGGAAUGUGGAUCUCGAAGUCCAGAUUUAAGGAUCUCUGGUCUAUAUGCACAAACUAAAGCUGACUAUCUGUGUUCAUGCAGUGAAGCCAGGUCAAUGUCCCAUACCGGAGAUGAUCCCACUCUGUGCUGAUAGCUGUUUCAAUGAUGGCCAGUGUCCUGCCACACAGAAAUGUUGCCCAACCACCGGUGGCUUUGCAUGCAGUGAACCGCGUGGCCAGGGAAGAGGUCAGGCAACUUGCCAUGGAAACGGUUCUGGCCAGGGAAGCGGCUAUGGCCAGGGCGCGGGUCAGGGAAGCGGCUAUGGCCAGGGCGCGGGUCAGGGAAGCGGCUAUGGCCAGGGCGCGGGUCAGGGAAGCGGCUAUGGCCAGGGCGCGGGACAGGGCGCGGGUCAGGGAAGCGGCUAUGGCCAGGGCGCGGGACAGGGCGCAGGACAGGGAAGCGGCUAUGGCCAGGGUGCGGGACAGGGCGCAGGACAGGGAAGCGGCUAUGGCCAGGGCGCAGGUCAGGGAAGCGGCUUUGGCCAGGGUGCAGGACAGGGUGCUGGCCAGGGAAGCGGCUAUGGCCUGGGAAGCGGCUAUGGCCAGGGUGCAGGAGCUGGACAGGGAAGUGGCGCAGGAGUUGGACAGGGAAGCGGCUAUGGCCAGGGUGCUGGAGCAGGACAGGGAAGCGGCUAUGGCCAGGGCGCUGGAGCAGGACAGGGAAGCGGCUAUGGCCAGGGCGCUGGAGCAGGACAGGAAAGCGGCUAUGGCCAGGGCGCUGGAGCAGGACAGGGAAGCGGCUAUGGCCAGGGCGCUGGAGCUGGACAGGGAAGCGGCUAUGGCCAGGGCGCAGGAGCUGGACAGGGAAGCGGCUAUGGCCAGGGCGCAGGAGCUGGACAGGGAAGCGGCUAUGGCCAGGGCGCAGGAGCUGGACAGGGAAGCGGCUAUGGCCAGGGCGCAGGAGCUGGACAGGGAAGCGGCGCUGGAGCAGGACAGGGAAGCGGCGCUGGAGCAGGACAGGGAAGCGGCUAUGGCCAGGGCGCUGGAGCAGGACAGGGAAGCGGCUAUGGCCAGGGCGCAGGAGCAGGACAGGGAAGCGGCGCAGGAGCAGGACAGGGAAGCGGCGCAGGAGCAGGACAGGGAAGCGGCGCAGGAGCAGGACAGGGAAGCGGCGCAGGAGCAGGACAGGGAAGCGGCGCUGGAGCAGGAGCAGGACAGGGAAGCGGUGCAGGAGCAGGACAGGGAAGCGGCUAUGGCCAGGGCGCUGGAGCAGGACAGGGAAGCGGCGCUGGAGCAGGACAGGGAAGCGGCGCUGGAGCAGGAGCAGGACAGGGAAGCGGCGCUGGAGCAGGAGCAGGACAGGGAAGCGGCGCUGGCCAGGGCGCUGGAGCAGGAGCCGGACAGGGAAGUGGCGCUGGAGCAGGAGCCGGACAGGGAAGUGGCGCUGGAGCAGGAGCCGGACAGGGAAGUGGCGCUGGAGCAGGAGCCGGACAGGGAAGUGGCGCUGGAGCAGGAGCAGGACAGGGAAGUGGCGCUGGAGCAGGAGCAGGACAGGGAAGUGGCGCUGGAGCAGGAGCAGGACAGGGAAGCGGCGCUGGGGCAGGAGCCGGACAGGGAAGCGGCGCUGGGGCAGGAGCCGGACAGGGAAGCGGCGCUGGGGCAGGAGCCGGACAGGGAAGCGGCGCUGGCCAGGGUGCUGGAACAGGAGCAGGACAGGGAAGUGGCGCUGGAGCAGGAGCCGGACAGGGAAGUGGCGCUGGAGCAGGACAUGGAAGCGGCUAUGGCCAGGGCGCAGGAGCUGGACACGGAAGCGGCGCUGGAGCAGGAGCAGGACACGGAAGCGGCACUGGAGCAGGACAGGGAAGCGGUGCUGGCCAGGGAGCUGGAGCAGGACAGGGAAGCGGCGCUGGAGCAGGACAGGGAAGCGGCUAUGGCCAGGGCGCUGGAGCAGGACAGGGAAGCGGCGCUGGAGCAGGACAGGGAAGCGGCGCUGGAGCAGGACAGGGAAGCGGCGCUGGAGCAGGACAGGGAAGCGGCGCUGGAGCAGGACAGGGAAGCGGCGCUGGAGCAGGACAGGGAAGCGGCUAUGGCCAGGGAGCUGGAGCAGGACAGGGCAGCGGCGCUGGAGCAGGACAGGGAAGCGGCUAUGGCCAGGGCGCUGGAGCAGGACAGGGAAGCGGCGCUGGAGCAGGACAGGGAAGCGGCUAUGGCCAGGGCGCUGGAGCAGGACAGGGAAGCGGCGCUGGAGCAGGACAGGGAAGCGGCUAUGGCCAGGGCGCUGGAGCAGGACAGGGAAGCGGCGCUGGCCAGGGCGCUGGAGCAGGACAGGGAAGUGGCGCUGGAGCAGGACAGGGAAGCGGCUAUGGCCAGGGCGCUGGAGCAGGACAGGGAAGCGGCGCUGGAGCAGGACAGGGAAGCGGCUAUGGCCAGGGCGCUGGAGCAGGACAGGGAAGUGGCGCUGGAGCAGGACAGGGAAGCGGCUAUGGCCAGGGCGCUGGAGCAGGACAGGGAAGCGGCGCUGGAGCAGGACAGGGAAGCGGCGCUGGAGCAGGACAGGGAAGCGGCGCUGGAGCAGGACAGGGAAGCGGCGCUGGAGCAGGACAGGGAAGCGGCGCUGGAGCAGGACAGGGAAGCGGCGCUGGAGCAGGACAGGGAAGCGGCGCUGGAGCAGGACAGGGAAGCGGCGCUGGAGCAGGACAGGGAAGCGGCGCUGGAGCAGGAGCAGGACAGGGAAGCGGCCCUGGAGCAGGAGCAGGACAGGGAAGCGGCGCUGGAGCAGGAGCAGGACAGGGAAGCGGCGCUGGAGCAGGACAGGGAAGCGGCGCUGGAGCAGGACAGGGAAGCGGCGCUGGAGCAGGAGCAGGACAGGGAAGCGGCGCUGGCCAGGGCGCUGGAGCAGGAGCCGGACAGGGAAGUGGCGCUGGAGCAGGAGCAGGACAGGGAAGUGGCGCUGGAGCAGGAGCAGGACAGGGAAGCGGCGCUGGCCAGGGCGCUGGAGCAGGAGCCGGACAGGGAAGUGGCGCUGGAGCAGGAGCCGGACAGGGAAGUGGCGCUGGAGCAGGAGCCGGACAGGGAAGUGGCGCUGGAGCAGGAGCAGGACAGGGAAGUGGCGCUGGAGCAGGAGCAGGACAGGGAAGUGGCGCUGGAGCAGGAGCAGGACAGGGAAGUGGCGCUGGAGCAGGAGCCGGACAGGGAAGCGGCGCUGGGGCAGGAGCCGGACAGGGAAGCGGCGCUGGCCAGGGCUCUGGAGGCGGACAGGGAAGCGGCGCUGGGGCAGGAGCCGGACAGGGAAGCGGCGCUGGGGCAGGAGCCGGACAGGGAAGCGGCGCUGGGGCAGGAGCCGGACAGGGAAGCGGCGCUGGCCAGGGUGCUGGAACAGGAGCAGGACAGGGAAGUGGCGCUGGAGCAGGAGCCGGACAGGGAAGUGGCGCUGGAGCAGGACAUGGAAGCGGCUAUGGCCAGGGCGCAGGAGCUGGACACGGAAGCGGCGCUGGAGCAGGAGCAGGACACGGAAGCGGCACUGGAGCAGGACAGGGAAGCGGUGGUGGCCAGGGAGCUGGAGCAGGACAGGGAAGCGGCGCUGGAGCAGGACAGGGAAGCGGCUAUGGCCAGGGCGCUGGAGCAGGACAGGGAAGCGGCGCUGGAGCAGGACAGGGAAGCGGCGCUGGAGCAGGACAGGGAAGCGGCUAUGGCCAGGGAGCUGGAGCAGGACAGGGCAGCGGCGCUGGAGCAGGACAGGGCAGCGGCGCUGGAGCAGGACAGGGCAGCGGCGCUGGAGCAGGACAGGGCAGCGGCGCUGGAGCAGGACAGGGAAGCGGCGCUGGAGCAGGACAGGGAAGCGGCGCUGGAGCAGGACAGGGAAGCGGCUAUGGCCAGGGCGCUGGAGCAGGACAGGGAAGCGGCGCUGGAGCAGGACAGGGAAGCGGCUAUGGCCAGGGCGCUGGAGCAGGACAGGGAAGUGGCGCUGGAGCAGGACAGGGAAGCGGCUAUGGCCAGGGCGCUGGAGCAGGACAGGGAAGCGGCGCUGGAGCAGGACAGGGAAGCGGCUAUGGCCAGGGCGCUGGAGCAGGACAGGGAAGCGGCGCUGGAGCAGGACAGGGAAGCGGCGCUGGAGCAGGACAGGGAAGCGGCGCUGGAGCAGGACAGGGAAGCGGCGCUGGAGCAGGACAGGGAAGCGGCGCUGGAGCUGGACAGGGAUGCGGCGCUGGAGCAGGACAGGGAAGCGGCUAUGGCCAGGGCGCUGGAGCAGGACAGGGAAGCGGCGCUGGAGCAGGACAGGGAAGCGGCUAUGGCCAGGGCGCUGGAGCAGGACAGGGAAGCGGCGCUGGCCAGGGCGCUGGAGCAGGACAGGGAAGUGGCGCUGGAGCAGGACAGGGAAGCGGCUAUGGCCAGGGCGCUGGAGCAGGACAGGGAAGCGGCGCUGGAGCAGGACAGGGAAGCGGCUAUGGCCAGGGCGCUGGAGCAGGACAGGGAAGCGGCUAUGGCCAGGGCGCUGGAGCAGGACAGGGAAGCGGCGCUGGAGCAGGACAAGGAAGCGGCUAUGGCCAGGGCGCUGGAGCAGGAGCAGGACAGGGAAGUGGUCAAGGGAAGUGUCGGGGAUGUGGCAAAGGUCAAUGUCGCCUUUAGGGACAUGUUCAUGGGAAUUUUGCAUAAUACUUUCUGGGGGUCUUUUCCAAUUCUUUUGUUCAGAUGUCAUGUUUUCCCUGUUUGCUCAAACUGUUUAGAAAGAUUUUCUGACUCUCUCUACCACUACUAUCACCUCAAAUAAAUAAAAAAUUGCUUGAUUUGAA